CCCAUUACGGCGCCGUGCUUUUGCAGCCAUCAUUAAGCCUUGCCCAUUGAUGUCGAUGUCCUGCGUCAACCGCCGUCGUAUUUGGUGGUAGAUAGACCCCAACUCCCCCCUUUCAACCUCCUACUGCACUCUCCUCUCUGUCACCACCCCCUCAUCAUCGUCAUUCUGCUCCUCCUCCUUCUCCUCCUCUGCCACCGUAGCAUGGACAGGGUCGGCAGAAGUACCAAUAGUCGCAUCGCCAUACAGCUGCUGCACGCCGGCAACAACUGGGUCAAAGCCCGAUCGUCCCGCGCAAACCGGCAAUUCAGCCCCGGCGCCCGCAGAUCCUGCCGUCGCGCGCUGUGGUCUUACACCUCCUCCUCCUCUUUCCGAGGCUGCCGAUCUCCGGCCCAGAGCAAUUCCCCAUCGUCGUCGUCAUCGCAUCGUCCACUGCCGCCGCCGCCGCCGCUUGUUGCCGGUCCCCCCACCACCCUCGUGGCUGCUGCUGCUGCUGCUGCUGCUCCGCAACGACGACGAUACCUAUUACACUCCUCCUCCUCGUCCUCCUCCUCAGCUGCUUCUGAAACCGCCGCCGCCGCCGCCGCCACGAUGAGCAGCACCAGCACCAGCCGCUGCCCUGCUUCGUCCACCGCGCGACAGCUGGCCGGGACGGCGAGUCAGGCGCAGGCCUUGGGCGCCCCGUUGACGCAGUCGGCCACGUUCCUCGUCCUGUCGAUCGCCACGAGGCACCGCGCGGAGGCGCUCCAGACGAUCCGCGCAACGCUAGCGGGUAUUGAAGGGCUCGCCAAGAACGUGACCAUCCGGGACUCGACGUCAACCUUUUCCUGCGCCGUCGGGAUCGGGAGCGACGCCUGGGACGACAUCACGGGUGGUCGCCUGCCGCGCCCAGCCGAGCUGCACCCCUUUCGCCCCGUCCGAGGCGCCGUGCACACCGCCGUGGCCACCCCUGGCGACCUGCUGCUGCACAUCCGAUCGGACCGCCGGGACAUCUGCUUCGAGUUUGAGCGCCAGCUCAUGAAGCUCCUGGGGGACGCCGUCAUAGUCGAGGACGUCACCGUCGGGUUCCGCUACUUUGACCUGAGGGACCUCCUGGGCUUCGUGGACGGCACCGCCAACCCUGUCGGGCCUGCCGUCCCGGAUUCGGUCCUCAUCGCCGAUGAGGACGCAUCGGCUGCGGGGGGCAGCUACGUCGUCGUGCAAAAGUACGUCCACAACCUCAAAGGGUGGGAGCGGCUGUCCACCGAGCAGCAGGAGGCCAUCAUCGGUCGCACCAAGCUCGACAACAUGGAGCUUGACGAUGCCGAGCAGGGGCAAAAGGCCCACAAAACGCUGGCAACCGUAGAGGACGAGCAGGGGAACGAGCACGACAUACUCCGUGAUAACAUGCCGUUUGGCUCGCCCGGCAACGGGGAGUUUGGUACCUACUUUAUAGGCUACUCGCGCAGGCUCUGGGUCAUGGAGAAGAUGCUGGAGAGGAUGUUUGUCGGCGACCCCCCGGGUCUACACGAUCGUAUCUUGGAUUAUUCAAGGCCCAUGACCGGUACCACGUUUUACGCGCCUCCUGCUGCGGUUCUCACCGGUCUUGGCGACCGCUAAAAUCCACACCAUGGCCGCUGCAGCUUUCCUAUUCCAUGUUGUUAUGAAAAUUUGAACAUCAAGAUGCCAUCAUAGGCUGGGGAGGUAUACGUAAUUUCAGUCAUCAUUACCCGG